AUGAAGGCCUUCACCCUUCUCCUCGUCGCUGCCGGUGUAGCCUCUGCCGCCACCGUCCCUAACCACCCGAGGCGCGCAGUCCUCGCCGUGCGCCAAAACUCGACAGAGGAAGCCGAUGUCGAAACCCAGAUCGAAGACGAUAUCUCUGACGACAGCAGCGACGAUAGCAGCAGCAACCUCAGCAGCAACCUUAGUUUUGACGACUUCUCCAUCAAUGACUUCAUCAACCUUGGUGUGACCGAUGUCCUCAACAUCGACAACAUUAGCCAGCACGAGCUCGACCUCGCCACCGCCCUUAGUGCCAUGCUUGGUGGCCUUGGCUUCGGCGGCCAGGUAACCGUGAACGACUUUGUCGGGUUUGGCUUCAAUGCCCAACUCCAGAUGUUCCUCGCCUUCCAGCAGAUUGCGCAGCUUCUCAGCCUCGGAAGGAUCGGUGCCAACGAUGCCUUCGGCCUGAUUCGGGGCAACCUCCUCAACUUUGGCUUCAACGGAUUCAACGGAUUCAAUGGCGUUGGUCUCCAGGGUCUCGGCGGCUUUGGUAGCGGUUUGAGGGGGCUUAAUGGGCUCAACAACCUGAACCUCGAGGAUAUUGCGGCUAGCUUGGGCAUCUCCGUUGAUGAACUCACCCGAGGUAACAACAACAACAGGAACAGCAACAACAGGAAUAGCAACAACAACAACAACAAUAACAACAACAACAACAGCAAUGACGAGGAGGACGAUCUCUCCGAAUUCACCCGAUAA